UUAAGUUGAAAGGAAAUGUAGGUGUGGUCCUUGUGGAGAAAUCCUUCAUGCUUGUCUUGAUCGUCACCGGCCUGUUUUCCACAUCUGAUUGACAUGCUUGAGACAAGUCCGUUUGAGUGAUCCUUGUAAGACACUGCUUGGUGUCCCAGGUUAAGAGUUUUGAGAAAUAAGAUUGAACCUUCUGAGAACAGGAGCAAAUUGCCUACUUCCCUAAGUAAAUUUGGUUAGACUAACUUCGUGAAGCACUUCAGAUAAUGCCUCUUGAACUAAUAAAAGAAGUCAAUGGGGUGCCCGAUAUGAAACUUCUAAGUAAAUUACACAAAAUAGAUUUCAGAGCCCUGCAGCCAGGUACUGAUUAUGAUCAGAAAUACAUCCAGGGAAAACUUUCACUUAUAUCUUCUUUAACUUAUGAAGGGAAUAAGCUAGCAACAUUGAAGAUUAAAUUGCAAGAAGAAGGAAAUUCAAAUACAGAGACUAACACCAUCAGUGUAAUAUUUUUGGGAAAAUUAGCAGAGAACUGUGCAAAAGUUUUCUAUGAAGGGGAUACCAUUGCAGUGACUAGUUUCAUCGUUUUGUCAGGAUCAUCUACAAGCAGUGAUGGAGAAAAGGACUUAUUUUUGAGAGCGUUUGAGGACUUAUCAACUGUUUAUGUAUAUGUUAAGGCUGUAAGAGAUUUUUCAACAGAAUCUAUGUCUUUGGUACCAUCAACACAUUAUGUAUAUACACCCCUGAAUAAGCUGAAGGGUGGUAUGAUUGUGAAUGUCUAUGGUGUUGUGAAAUUCUUUAAGCCUCCAUAUUUGAGCAAAGGAACUGAUUAUUGCUCAGUUAUAACAAUUGUGGACCAGACAAAUGUCAAGUUAACUUGCCUGCUUUUUAGUCGAAAAUAUGAAGCCCUUCCAGUAGUUUAUAAAAAUGGAGACAUUGUUCGCUUUCACAGGCUAAAGGUCCAAGUAUAUAAAAAUGAGACUCAAGCUAUAACCAGUGCUGGCUUUGCAUCUUUGACUUUCGAGGGGACUUUGGGUGCUCCUGUCAGACCCCGCACUUCAAGCAAGUAUUUUAACUUCACUACUGAGGACCACAAAAUGGUGGAAGCAUUACGUGUUUGGGCAUCUAUUAAUAUUUCACCUUCUUUGGCAUUUGUAAAAUUAUGUGAUGUUCAGCCAAUGCAGUAUUUUGACCUAACUUGUCAACUCCUGGGCAAAGCCGAAGUGGAUGGAGCUUCAUUUCUUCUAAAGGUUUGGGAUGGCACGAAGACACCCUUCCCAUCUUGGAGAGUAUUAAUACAAGACAAUGUUCUUCUUGGUGACUUAAGUCAUAUCCAACAGCUGCAGAAUCUUACCGUAGACAUUGUAGUCUAUGAUAAUCAUGUUCAAGUGGCAAAGUCUCUCAAGGUUGGAAGCUUCCUUAGAAUCUAUAGCCUCCAUACCAAGCUUCAAUCAGCAAAUUUGGAGAACCAGGCAACAUUUUUAGCACUAGAAUUUCAUCUCCAUGGAGGAACCAGUUAUGGUCGAGGAAUCAGAGUCCUGCCAGAAAGUAACUCUGAUGUGGAUGAACUAAAAAAGGUUUUAGAAUCUGCAUAUUUAACAGCCAAUCAGUGUUCAGAUGGUGUCUGUCAACCAGAACAGGAGGACAGCUUUCCUACUAUUUCAAGUUCUGGAUCCGUUUCACUCUAUGAAGUUGAAAGGUGUCAGCAGUUGUCAGCUACCAUUCUUACAGAGCAUCAACAUUUGGAGAAAACCCCACUAUGUGCUAUCUUAAAACAAAAAGCACCACAGCAAUAUCGUAUACGAGCAAAAUUAAGGUCAUAUAAGCCCAGAAGACUCUUUCAAUCUGUUAAGCUUUAUUGUUCUAAAUGUCAUUCACUGCAAGAAGUUCCAGAUGAGGAUAAUUUGGAUAUUAUUUUGCAAGAAGGUACAACUAAAACACCAGAUUCCAAACUACAAAAUCUACCAUUGUAUGAUUCAAAAAUCUGGACUACUAAAGAUCAAGAACGAACAGUAGUUGUUCAUUUUGUGAAGAACAAUGGUAUUCUCCCACUGUCAAAUGACUGCCUAAUUUUGAUAGAAGGUGGCACAUUUAGUGAAAUCUGCAGACUCUCAAAUAAUUUUCAUAGUGUAAUUCCAGUGACAUCUGGCAAUAAAGAUCUAGAAGUUCUCAACCUUUCAGCACCGUUUCUUAUACAAGGGAAAAUACAUCACUAUGGGUGCAAACAGUGUUCCAAUUUGAGGCCUAUACAGAAUCUAAAUUCCAUUGUUGAUAAAAUGUCUUGGAUUCCUUCUUCUGUAGCAGAAGUACUGGGUAUUAUACCCCUCCAAUAUGUGUUUGUGUUGACAUUUACUCUUGAUGAUGGGACUGGAGUACUAGAAGCACAUCUCAUGGAUUCUGAGAAGUUCUUCCAGAUUCCAGCCUCAGAAAUUCUAACCAGUGAUGACCUUCAGCAAAGUAUGGAUAUGAUCAUGGAUAUGUUUUGUCCCCCAGGAAGAAAAAUUGAUGGAUAUCCAUGGUUAGAGUGUUUCAUCAAGUCAUAUAACGUCACAAGUGGAACCGAACAGCAAAUUUGCUAUCAGAUUUUUGACACUACAAUUGCAGAUGAUGUUAUUUAAUACUUAUUGUCAUUCAGCUUUGUAUAUAUAAGUCACUGUAGUUUUAGGAAACAAUAAAUUUAUUACACAAUUGAUAUACAA